UGUUCAGACUAAAUUGUCCUGAAGCCCCUUGCUGGAGAUACUGGAAUGGAAAUUGUUAUUGCAUAAAGACUAGUCAGAAGAGAACUUGGAUGGAAGCACUUAAGUUUUGCAAACAGUUCAGAGAUACAGAAUUGCUAACAUUAACUAGUAUUCUGGAAAAGAGCUGGAUCUUAGGUUUAACAGUGGAUAAUUUUUGGAUUGGAUUGAAUAAUUUGGAAAAUACAGACACUUUUUCAUGGUCAGAAGGCACACCGGCAGAUAUGAGGUCCUCUUGGCUUAGGCUGUUGCAUCCAGUUCAGCCAAACACUCCAUAUUGUGUGAAGAUUUCCAAACGCAGCUUGAUUGCAUUAUAUUGUAAUACAGAGGCCCACUGGAUCUGCAAACGAGGGGCAUUUGUUGACCGAUACCAGGAACAUAAAGGAAAGGUGCUUCUCUCACCACCAAACUCUAUAUCACAAGUACAUGUAGAUCUGAUUUCUGCUAAGUCAGCAUGCUUAGAACUUAGGGAGCAGUGUACCGGGAUCACUACAUGGAAUAAUUCAUAUGCACUUGCCAGAGGAACUGUAUUAAUAAAAACUGAACAAAGCCAAUCUGUGGCUUUUGUAAAAUCAGAUUGUUCCAUGGGUUACUUUGGAAGUGAAUGUUCUUUUGUUUGCAGUCAGUGCCUUGAUGAUGAGCUGUGCAAUCCUUACACAGGAGUGUGUGAUAAUUUCCAUUCAUGUACUGCACAGCAUUCACCGUCUCACUGUGAAAGAGCUCUGACAAGUAAAUGGUGCCCUCGUUUUCCUGGCUGGAAAUAUUGGGAAGGCAGCUGCUACUACUUCAGUGAAGAGGCCAAGGCCAAUUGGUCUGAAGCUCGGAAACAGUGUAGAAGAUUUAGAAGUACAGACCUAUUGUGGAUUGAGAACAAACGAGAAAUGAAUUGGCUGAUCUUUGCAAGUUCUCUAGAAAUAUUGUGGACUGGAUUGAAUAGCCGAAAGCAAAGAAACAUAUGGGUUUGGUCAAAUAUGCAAUCGGCAGCUAAAGAAAUCCGCUGGUUACCAGUGGCAGGGAUCUCAUUAGGAAGAUGUGUAGGUCUUCUUUCAGCUAAUCAAAGUGCAUUCAGAUUGAACUGUGAUGAAAAGUAUAGAUGGAUUUGUAAGAAGAAGGAAAUGGAAGAAGUUUUUGACAUCUAUAUGGAUCGAUUUUUGUCGGGACCAUUAGAACCAGUUUAUUACUCCUCCAUUUUCUCUGCUAUGGUAGACUGCUUAAGUAAUUCCAGCUGUACAGGGAUAGUGAAAGAUUACCAGUAUUUCAGGAGAACAAGAGGCAUUGAUGAAAUUAAUACAUAUGAAGAAACUGCAACUUCAUUUGUAAAACGAGAAUGUUCAUAUGGUUAUUAUGGUGAGAACUGUGCCUUUGCUUGUAGAAAAUGCUAUGGAGGAUUCCGAUGUAACUCUGUAACUGGCCGCUGCCCAGAAAGGACAGAGUGUAUUGGUCGAUUCAAAGGCGAACUGUGUGAAUUAGGCAUCAAGAAUCCAAAAUGUCCUCAAAAUACUCCAUGGUGGUAUUAUAAUGGCUAUUGCUAUUAUUUUGAAAAAGAACUGAAAGUGCAGCACGCUAGGGCAACUAUACGGUGUUCCUACUAUAAAGAUGGUAACCUUGUCAAGAUUGACAGCGAGAAAAAAAAGACUUGGCUUGGUGAUAUGUUGGAAACAGAUAGCUGGACUGGAUUGCUGUAUGGAGGGACUACUUGGAAAUGGAGUGGUGGCCGGGAAAAUGUUAAUAUAUCACAAUUCAGCUGGUUGAGGGACAUUCCUGUGUCAGCAACUGGAUGUAUUCAGAUAAUAAGAGGAGGAAGACUUCAGUCAUUAUCUUGCACUGAAGAUCAUUCUUAUAUCUGUGAAAAGCCAAUAGAUGUUGACCUUUUCAUUGAUUAUCCUGGAAAAAUAAUUCUGGAUAUUGCUCCCUUGGCUUCGUAUAAAGAUCUGGAUGAAGCAAGAUUCCUUUGUAUAUUAAAUACAAAGUGUACUGGAAUAAGUUCCUUAGCAAAUGAACACUUCCUUGCUUCAGGAAUCGAAAUGGUGGAAGGUUUAGCUACUCAUAUAUUUCGCCUGAAAACCAGUUGCAAGCCAGGACGUCAUGGAUAUGCAUGUGCAGAAGAGUGCCCAGAAUGUAGCGAAAGUGCCCGUUGCAACAUGUUGACUGGCUUCUGUGAUGAAAAAUCCUCCUGCUUUCUGCCAUACACUGUAGAGCUUUGUGCAAAAAGCUUGGAACUGUUUUAG